ACCUGGUGGACCCAGUGGGCCCAGUGGACCCAGUGGGCCCAGUGGGCCCGGCGGGCCCGGCGCCAACCCCACGGCGGCAUUCCAAUGGCAAGCGCCGUUCAACGCCACGGCCAAGCCGCCCCCCACCCGUCACCCGCUGCAGCCCCCCUACCCCUACCCCUACCGCUUCCUCCUCAACGAGCCCCACAAGUGCCGGCGGCGGGCUCCCUUCCUGGUGCUGCUGGUGGUGACGGAGCCGGCGGACACGGCGGGCAGGAACGCCAUCCGGCAGACCUGGGGCAACGAGAGCGCCGUGCCCGGCGUCUCCGUCCUGCGGCUCUUCCUCACCGGCGUGCACCCGGUGUUCGGGGGGCCGCUGCGGCGGCUGCUGGAGGAGGAGAGCGCCCUGCACCGCGACAUCCUGCAGCAGGACUUCCUGGACACCUACAACAACCUGACGCUGAAGACGCUGAUGGGCAUGGAGUGGGUGAGCAGGCACUGCCCCAACGCCAGCUACGUGCUGAAGGCCGACCGCGACGUCUUCCUCAACGUGGCCUACCUGGUGCGGGGGCUCCUGCGGCCCCAGCUGCCCCCCAGGAGGGACUUCAUGACCGGCUACGUCUACCGCGACACGGGGCCGCUGCGCAGCAAGGCCUACAAGUGGUACGUGCCCCGCCAGGUCUACCCCAACGACACCUACCCGCCCUACUGCGGCGGGCCGGCCUACGUCCUCUCCGGGGACCUGGCGGCCAAGGUGUACGCGGUGGCGCAGACGUUGCCGCUGCUCAACAUGGAAGACUCCUUCGUGGGCGUCUGCCUGCACGCGCUGGGCCUCGGCGUCACCGGCAGCCCCUGGGGGGUCUUCAACAUGCACCGCCUGCCCUACGACAAGUGCAGGUUCUCCAAGCUGGUCAUGGUUCACCACUACCAGCCCGAGGAGGUGCUCAAGCUCUGGCCCCACUUCCAGGGGGCCAACGUGAUGUGUCCCCCCUAGGGACGGACGCCGCCCGCCCACCCCCACGCGACGCCCCCCCGUUUUGCACACCCCCAACCCCGACUUUUUGGCCAGUGUCCGGCACCCGAGCGGCCGCUCGGGGCCGUUUCAAAAAACCUCGGGGCCUUCCCCCACCCCCACCCCCCAAAAAUCCCUAAUGGGGAGGUUUUCUCCCCAAAUUGAGCCAUGCAGCAGGAGCCCAGGUCCCUGGGGCCGGUUCCUUCGCUUCGUUAUUUCAGAUGUUCGUUACUGCGCUCGCCGAGUCUGCUGGGCUCGGAGGGCGGGCUGCUCCCUUGAGCCAGGGACCCCCCAAAAGCUGUGCUCCCCCUCCCCUCCCCCUUAAAUUAUGGGUUUAUUUUGUCCGUUUUUGGUCUGUUUGUAAUAAAAGG